GCGCGGCGGCGGAUGGAGCUGAGGUGCGGCGUGGAGGCCGCGGCCAUGACGGCAGUGCCGUCGCCCCCCGCCGAGGCCAGCCCGGGUCCGGCGUCUCCUUCCUCUCCCUCCUCCCCCGAGGGCUGCGGGGAGGCGGAGUACGAGAGCCUGCCCACCGGCGCCUCCCUGGGCACGCACAUGACGGCCGGGGCGGUGGCUGGCAUCCUCGAGCACACCGUCAUGUACCCCGUGGACUCCGUCAAGACCCGGAUGCAGAGUUUGCAACCUGACCCCAAAGCCCAGUACAGGAGUGUGUUUGAGGCCUUGAGGAAGAUUGUCCAAACGGAAGGCUUCUGGCGGCCUUUACGCGGGAUCAACGUGACUGUGAUUGGAGCGGGCCCGGCUCACGCUCUGUACUUUGCCUGCUACGAAAAAAUGAAACGCACUUUAAGUGACAUUAUUCACCAUGGAGGGAACAGCCACCUGGCCAACGGAAUGGCUGGGAGCAUGGCUACCCUACUCCAUGAUGGUGUCAUGAAUCCUGCUGAAGUGGUGAAACAGCGCAUGCAGAUGUACAACUCUCCAUACAAGACUGUCAUGGAAUGCAUCAGGACGGUGCAUAGGACUGAAGGCUUGGGUGCCUUUUACCGGAGCUACACCACGCAGCUCACCAUGAAUGUCCCCUUCCAGGCCAUUCACUUUAUCACCUAUGAGUUCAUGCAGGAGCAGAUCAACCCCCGGCGGCAGUACAACCCUCUCUCACACAUUGUCUCGGGGGCCGUGGCUGGGGCCGUGGCGGCAGCGGCUACGACGCCACUGGACGUCUGCAAAACGCUCCUCAACACCCAAGAGAACAUGGUCCUGAGUUCUAUAAACAUUAGUGGUCACUUAUCAGGAAUGGCCAACGCCUUUAGGACAGUGUACCAGCUGGGAGGGGUCGCUGGGUAUUUUAAGGGAGUGCAGGCACGGGUGAUCUACCAGAUGCCUUCAACCGCCAUUGCCUGGUCUGUCUAUGAAUUCUUCAAGUAUGUGCUUACAAAGCGCGAGAUGAAGAAGGGAAGUCCGUGCUGAUGACUCUGGAGCCCCGAAUCGCCCGAGACAGUGACAUCUCUCUGUGUCUGCACACUCUCCCCACGCUCCUUGGAAAGGUUUCUGGUGGGAUUCACAGUUGAGUUCUGAGACGUAUGUGUGCGUGGGGUGUGAGUUUUGAAAUUCUGGAGCAGUCCCGUCCUCUCCUUUCUCAUAUCUUUUCUUUUUUUUGCAAAACCAAAUUGUUAAAAAGAGAGGUGAAUCCUUAAAACAAGGACUGGUCGUCUUUUGUUCCCCUUGUGGCUAUGAGAAAUGUGGUAAAAAAAUCAUUGUACCGUAUUUUCUGGUGUAUAAGACUACUGUUUAACCCAGGGGUCCUCAAACUAUGGCCCGGGGGCUGGAUACGGCCCUGCAAGGUCAUUUAUCCGGCCCUUGCUCAGGGUCAGCCUAAGUCUGAAAUGACUUGAAAGCACACAACAACAACAAUCCUAUCUCAUCAGCCAAAAGCAGGCACACACUUCCCAUUGAAAUACUAAUAAGUUUAUAUUUGUUAGAACUGUUCUACAUUUUAAUUAUUGUAUUGUUUUUAAGUGGUCUUUGAACAACAAAUAAGAUAUGUGCAGUGUGCAUAGGAAUUCAUUCAUUUUUUUUUUCAAAUUAUAAUCCGGCCCUCCAACAGUUUGAGGGAUUGUGAUCUGGCCCUCUGUUUAAAAAGUUUGAGGACCCCUGGUUUAACCCAAGAAGAUCUUCUCAAAACUCAGGGGUCGUCUUAUACACCGGGAGUUGACUUAUAUGCUGGGAGUAGUCUUAUAUGCUAGGAGUAGUCUUAUAGAACGUGCUGAAACUUCCAAUCCUGAGAUAGAGUGGCUCUGGGCCCAGAAAAACACAUCUCUUUUACCUGUCUGGCCCACCAUUGUAUCCUAUUACCGUCCCUCCUCCUCUGCCUCUCAGAUCUCGCUCCUGAAGACUGCCGUGAAGCAGUGCAGGUGCGCAUGUGCGAGAUCUGAGAGGCAGAGAAGGAGGGACAGUAAUAGGAAAAUUACCACAUUGAAAUCAAUUUUUAUUUGGUGUGCGUUGGAAGAGGGGUAGUCUUAUACGGCGAGUAUAUUCCAAACUAUAUUUUAACUGGAAAAGUUGGGGGUCGUCUUAUACGCCCAGUCGUCUUAUAUGCCGGAAUAUACGGUACUUGUUUUUAUUAUUGUACUGCUUUUUUGGGGGGGGGGGCAAACCCAGAGUAAAAAGCUGUGGGAGGGGACAAAAUUAUUUUGUGUGGUUAACAUAGAAAGGUGAUGCCUUUGAGCUAAUCUUUAUAUAGAGAAAUGCGAUAUACAUGGAUAAUGUUUAUCCUUUAUUUUUCUAUAUCGGUGAAUUGGGUCAUUUUUUUAAAAAAGAAUUAAAACUGUGCGAAUGAGUGAAAAAAGGGCUUUUUGAAAUGGUGAAAAUCACCAUUUGCUGCCCGCCCUGCCUCAUGGAAUGGCUUUAACCAUAUCCCCUUUUCCCCAGCAUCAUAGUGGUAGAGAAGCUGGUGUGUGUGUGUGUGUGUGUGUGUGUGUGUUUCCUCUUCUCUACCCCUCCCAUGCUUAUUAGCUCUUAGUAUAUCUAGCUUGAAAACAACUUGAAAUGAUUUAAAACGUCGACUUACUGAAAAUCUACCUUACAUGUGUGUCUUCCCUAUUAUUGUGUCAGGAUUGGUGGACACUUCUGGGAAUAUUAACCAGUUUUCACCACUGCCAAAGUAGUUUAAUACUCAUCUUUUAGAUGUCGAAUGGUACUUUACCCCUGCCUCCAACUGCAUCUCCGUUCCUGUGUAGAUUUUUUAAAUUUAUUCUUAUUUCUCAUUAAGUUUCCAAUUAGGUUUUUCCUCCUGCCUAUCCCCUCCCAUGCCUUGCUUGCAGGUAUGUGCAAACCUUUUGUGUGUAAGGGAAUGCCUGCAAAGUGUGUUCAUGGGGGGUGGGGGUGCCGAGUUUACAUUCCCAUAAGGCAGGGAUGAACUACUGAGACUUUCCAGAUGUUUUUGGCCAGCAGGCCCAUCAAUGAGGAAUUAUGGGUCAAUUAUGUGGGUAGCUUGAAAACACUUGGAGGGCCGUCGUUGCCCAUCCUUGCCGUAGGAGAGCUCUUGUUUGAGUUGAAAAAGAUGGACGUGGAAAUGUUUGUUGCCAUGUAGCACUAAAGCCUUGGAACCGAAAAGCCUUAGCAGAGGAGAAUGUAAAGUCAAACUUUGCUCCAAAGCCAAAAAAAAAGCAACAACAAAAAGCCACCCUGUGUGCAUUGUGUGUGUACUUGCAGCUAUCUGUACAAUUGAAAGUGUGGAAUUGGUUCAGCACUUGCGGGAUUGAUGUGUGGGCUGCUGUGAAACUUUGCAGCUUUGGAAGUGUUUACAGAAAUGUUUUGUCCAUUCAAAGUAUGGGGGGGGGGGGGGGAUACCUUUGGCUCCCCAGAUGUUUUAUACUAGAACUCCUACAAUGCCUUCCCACUGGCCAUGCCUUUUGAGGUUGAUGAGAAACUUCAGGAUUAAUUAUUAUUAUUUUUACAAAUUUGGGGUAUCAACUUGCAUUUGCGAUGUUACCUGUCCUGAAACACAUAAAAUUUGAAAAUGA